AUGUUAACCUUAGUCCGCAUUCGUUCAAAGCAAGGUACUGUUCGCAUCGAAAUUGAUCCAGCUGACGAUGUUUCGGUGCUGGGUACAAAGAUUGCAAGUGAUUUAAAAAUUCCGGACUAUUCCUCGAUUACCAUAUCUGAUAAGCCUACAACUUCCACUCCAAUAAGAGAUCUGGUGGGGAAAAGUAUCAAUGAACUGGGAAUUAGACACGGUGACCUUCUUUUUAUUACAUAUCAAGAAAACGUUACCUCAGAAUCAUCAAAAACCAAUAAUGUAGGAACUAAGCCGUCAACGCUAUUCGAUAUAAAGCAAGAUCCUAUCGAUGAUUUUCUAGAAAAACAAGAUGGAUUGAUAAAACGUGGAAGAGAUCCGAAAUUUUGCAAACAUGCGGCGAACGGAAUGUGUGAUUAUUGCAUGCCUUUAGAGCCAUAUGAUAUAAGUUAUUUAACUGAAAAUAAAAUUAAGCAUAUGUCCUUUCAUGCUUAUUUACGCAAAAUUAACAAGCAAAACAAGCAGAAUUCAAAGUUUAUUCCUCCAUUAGAAGAACCUGAUCUCUGUGUAAAUAAAAACUGUUCAGGUUCUCACGCGCCAUGGCCAGAAGGCAUUUGUACAAAAUGUCAGCCUAGUGCUAUUACUUUACAACUUCAAGAAUAUCGUAUGGUUGAUCACGUAGAGUUUUCUGCAUCAAGUUUAAUUAAUAAUUUCAUUCAUUUUUGGCGAUCAACUGGUACUCAACGGUUUGGAUAUUUAUAUGGCCGAUAUGAACAUUACCCUGACGUUCCAUUAGGUGUAAAGGCUGUAGUCGAAGCUAUUUAUGAACCGCCUCAAGAAGAUGAGGUCGAUGGGCUGACGCUUACUCUUCCAUGGAAUGAUGAGAAACUUGUUGACGAAGUUGCCAUGAAUUGUGGAUUACAAAAAGUUGGAAUGAUUUACACUGAUCUCACUGAUGACGGCUCAGGUUUAGGCAAGGAGUGUUGUUUUUCAGCAGCGAUGCAGAACAAGCAUCCAACAGCUUCAAAAUGGUGUGCAUCGGGAAAGUUUAAUAGUAGAUUUGUCACUUGUGUUGUUACAGGCAACACUAACGGUGACAUUGACGUCUCCGCGUAUCAAGUGUCAAAUAUUUGUACAUCUAUGGUAGCUGAAGAUAUUAUUAAGGCUAGUGUUGAUCCAAGUAUUAUUCGAGUUAAAGAGAGUACGUCUGAGAAAUACGUUCCAGAAGUGUUUUAUAAAUAUAAGAAUAACUAUGGCGUCAAUGUUCAAGAAAGUGCAAAACCUUGCUUUCCAGUAGAAUAUUUGUUGGUUAAUGUGACACAUGGCUUUCCGAACAAUCCGGUACCACUUUUUACUUCUCCGAAAAACUUCCCAAUUGAAAAUCGUCCUGGAAUCGAGUCACAAGAUUUAAAAUGCUUAUAUCGACAUCUUGGGCUUGAAUCCAGUGGUAAUGUGCAUGUCGACUGUGUGUCAGAUUUUCAUUUGUUAACUUUCGUGAAGGGAACUGGCAUAUUGGAUCAGAAUGAUUUUGCAGCACUCGCAAGGCUUGCCGUAUCACAUGAAGAAAAAGAUGCUAAUCAAUUAGCACAAAGUACAGGUUGGCAAACGCUGGUGACUAUUAUGAAUCUAAGUUAA